AUGAAAUCCAGGGUGGGCGGACAGCGUAUCACGCUGGCUAAGCGUGAAGCGAGGAACGGUCAAAGUGAUGACGACAGCGGAAGACAACUCGCCUCGCUCUUCACCUUGGAAUCAUUCGAUAUCGAUGCCUUUCCAACAUCGUUGAAAAAAGGAGAGAUCCGAUGUCGCAUCCUCUGUCUCAAUAUCGAACCGGCGCUUCGUGCUUGGCUAACCACCGCUGCCGUGGCAUACGCCGAUGCUGUGCGCGUCGGUGAUGUGAUACGCUCAGCGGGUGUCGCUCUGGUCACAGAGUCCCGCUGUCCAAAAUUUCGUGCCGGAGAUCACGUGUACGGCUUGGUAGGCUGGCAAAGUCAUGCCAUCUUCCAAGUCGCAUCCCACGGCCAACAUCUGAUCCUCUGCGACACGAGAAUACAGCGCCAGGUGCAGAACUACGAGGAGGCACUAGCGGUGUGGAGCAGCAUCUUGUCCCACACGGGUCUCACGGCAUACUUGGGUCUCGUAGACUUCGGUCGCAUACAAAGAGGUCAUCGAGUACUCAUCACCAACGCUGCAGGCGGCGUAGGAACCAUUGCUGUUCAGAUAGCCAAGCUCAAAGGCGCUCAUGUGGUCGCCACCGCGGGGUCUGACGCCAAAAUCAAGUGGCUAAAGGAUGUGCUUGGAGUGGAUGUCGCGUUGGACUACAGGACCGUCUCUAAUCCCGACCUUCGGCGCGCCUUCAAUCCGGGUCUUGACAUUAUUCUCGAUAAUGCUGGAGGACGCGUGCUUGAUCAAGCACUGCUGGCACUGUCGCCAGGCGCACGCGUGGCGCUCAGUGGGUUCAUGACGGCUUACAAGUCUACUGAGCCUCGCGGACUCACAAACAUGUAUCGCGUGAUCGAGACUGGCUCAACAGUGCAGGGUCUCUUGGUGACGGGCGAAAUCAUGGAAUCUCAUACCAAAGCCAAGGAGGAUCUCUACGAGUGGUUCAGACAGGGAGCUUUGCGUCCCAUCGUCAACGUGAGGAGAGGGCUCGAGCAAUGCCCAUUGUGCUUCCAAAGCUUAUUUGAGGUGAGGAAGCUGGACUGGAUUGCUUAG